AUGCUUCUUCACUCAGCUGAAGGAAAGACCAAAGCCCAAUCUAGCUGUCCAGAGUCCUUCCCAUGUGGACACCUUGGUCUAAUGAAGUUCCCAUUCUCCAAUUUCUCCAGACCCCAUUGUGGGUUGUUCUUGUUAAACUGUGAUGUACCAUCACCACAAAUCCAAGUGGUAAAGCAAGAACAAUGGUAUAAAAUAAAGAACAUUUCGCGUCCCAACGCCUUUGAAAUUCAUGACAAAGUUUUCCAGAACCACUUAGAUUACCCUGGCUGCGAUUCCUUCAGUGACAUAACUCCUCCCAACUCUCCGAUCAUUUCCUUCACUCUCUUUCCCAAUCUUACCUUGUACAAAUGUAUCAACGGGCCUCACGUUCAAAUUGAUCAAUAUUUCAAUGGUUAUUACAGUUACAAGAGCUGUGGAGGCUACAGUUUCUAUUAUAGAUAUUCAGAAGAUAAUCAGAGUAUCACUCUUGGCAGUUUUCCACCAGACUGUUCGAUUAUUCACCUCCCAGUUUAA